AUGCUGGUAUUCGAGCUUUCGCGUGUGUUCCCGACCCUCUCCGGAUUGCCCCUUCAAUUCAUGCUCAACGCUUCGCUUGCCUUCAAAAUGGAUGGCAAAAUGAGGCUAAAUUUUGUGGAGCUCUUACGACAGCGAGGUGACGCUGAUGCUCAGGUUAAAUUCCGUCCUUCCGUGUCUGCUUCGCUGGGGGCUAGGGUGCUGCUGCGUGCAGGUCACGUCGCAUCCGGUGCUCUUGCCUCCUCUAACUUAUACGGAGCUACGGAUUUCUUGAGACAGAUGGAGCUCAGGCAAGGCAGCAGAUUAUCGGUGAAGGCUGAAGUGCCACAUCAUGAUAUUUUUAUUGCAAAAUUCCGAAAUGAUGCUGUGAAAGUGGAAAUGAAUCGACAUCAGCCCCUGGUUAGCAUACGACGAAUUCGGCAAGCUGUUGAUCAGCGCUAUUGCUCCGGUGAAAAUUUGGCGAAAAUUCUUGGCCUGAGAGCAUGCUACAACGUAAUUUUCAUUUUUUUUACUGCUGGUAUGAAGUACAAAGUGAAAAUGACUAAGCCUAUUCGCGCUGAUUUCCCUGUGCUGGAAGGAACGAUUCGAUUGGAGAAGGCCGAUCCUGCUCUGAAUAGCUAUCAGUUGCUUGUUGAAAGAGCAAGCGACAGAGGGGAGCAGAAACUGAAAGUCAGUGUUGACACACCCGGGUCGCAAGUGAAUCGCAAGAUGGAGGUCAACUUCGAGCUGUCAGUCCCACGCAAGAAGCUAAAAAUGGGUAUUACGACGCCGUUCAAGACGAUUUCGCUGGACGGCGACCUGCAAGAAGCAGAGAAAGUGGGUGAACGAAAUUCAUACAAAUUAAAUGCAAAAAGUGCGGUAGGAAGUGGCGCGGCGGCUGAACUGGCUGCUGAAGCGCAGUACAGCAUUCGAAAGCCUUACGCAAUGCUUGAUUUUCAACUCGAAAAGGUUUUCAGCAAACCUAUCGUAUUCAAAAAAAAUGCAAAAGGGCUGAAUGCACUGUACAGUAUGAAUAACCUGCUCCUGAAAGCAUGUACUAAUCGCGUUCUAAUGAAAUACGAGCUGCAGUUAAAAGGAAAUGGAAUAACUGGCCAGUGCACGGGCUGCCGUGUGAAGAUGCGUUUUUUGUAUAGUUUUCCGCAGUUUUUGUCGCUACCGGUGUCGGUUUUUUCGGCAAGUGUUUCUAGCUAA